CUGCGCUCCGCGGGCGGGGCCUCUGGGGCGGAGCGGCCACCAUCUUGGAACGGGAGGCGGAGCAGAGCCGACUGGGAGCGACCGAGCGGGCCGCCGCUGCCGCCAUGAACCCCGAAUAUGACUACCUGUUUAAGCUGCUUUUGAUUGGUGACUCGGGCGUGGGCAAGUCCUGCCUGCUCCUGCGGUUUGCUGAUGACACAUACACAGAGAGCUACAUCAGCACCAUUGGGGUGGACUUCAAGAUCCGAACUAUUGAGCUGGAUGGCAAAACCAUCAAACUUCAGAUCUGGGACACAGCCGGUCAGGAACGGUUCCGGACCAUCACCUCCAGCUACUAUCGGGGAGCCCAUGGCAUCAUCGUGGUGUACGACGUCACCGACCAGGAAUCCUAUGCCAACGUGAAGCAGUGGCUGCAGGAGAUCGACCGCUAUGCCAGCGAGAACGUCAACAAGCUCCUGGUAGGCAAUAAGAGCGACCUCACCACCAAGAAGGUGGUGGACAACACCACAGCCAAGGAGUUUGCAGACUCUCUGGGCAUCCCCUUCCUGGAGACUAGUGCCAAGAACGCCACCAAUGUCGAGCAGGCGUUCAUGACCAUGGCUGCUGAGAUCAAAAAGCGGAUGGGGCCUGGGGCAGCCUCAGGGGGUGAGCGGCCCAACCUCAAGAUUGACAGCACCCCUGUGAAGCCAGCUGGUGGUGGCUGUUGCUAGGAGGGGCACGUCGGGUGGGACAGGAGGGGGCGCCUCCAGAUGAUGCCCCUGAGGGGGCAGGAGAUGCCUCCCCCUCCUUCCCUCUCUCUGGGGCAUUUGAGUCUGUGAGCUUUGGGGUGUCCUGGGCACCCCAUCUCCCUCUGGCCCAUCUGCCUGCUGCCCUGAGCCCUGGUUCUGUCAGGGCCCCCAAGGGAGGACUCCCAGGGCCUGUGACUGGGGUGGGCCUUGCUCUGCUGCUGCCUCUAGGUAACUUCGAAAGAUCCCCACCACACACUUUUCUUUGGGACGAGGGCUCCUCUGUCUGUCCUUCCCCCCACCCACCAUGUACGAUGCACCGGGUUUCUCUCCUUGCCCUUGUACCCCCAAGAGCUGUGGACCUGGCCUCUACUGCCGUGGCUACAGUCAGUGCCCGGGGCCAGGAGUGGGGCCCAGGGACCUGGGAUCCAGGGCCCUGAGCCGAACCUCAGGAUAGGCAUGGGGCCAUGGGGCCAGCAGCCCACCCUCUCCCCUCCCUGCCUCCCCCGCCCCUCCCACACCGUAAACUCCACCGUCCAGCUGUGGCAGGGCCAGCACAGCCAGGGCGGGUGGGUGGACAGCCGCGCUAGGCCUCUGUCUUGAGCCUGGAGGGAUCCCGCUCCUGCCACCCCCUGCCCUGCCAGAGCCAGGCCAAUGUGCCACCUGCCCACCAUGCCCUUUUGUCCCUGAGGCAGGCGGAGGCAGAAGGCCCACCCUGCCAGAGGCCGGGCACCAGCCUUAACCCUUGCUCUGCCAGCCCCUCUGUCCUUGUCCAGAGGCAGCACAUCUGGCUUAUCCUCCCCCUUCUGGCCCCUGGGAGCCUAAAGGACAGAUCCCUUUGCUCCUCUGGGGAAUGUAGGUGUGGCCAGGGCUCGGGCUUCUGAUCCCCCCCUCCCGAGCCAGGGUCCCAGCCCCCUGCCCUCUGGCACAGCUGCUUGCUGCAGAAAAAACAAACCUUGGUCUUGACCUAAGAAGCCAUGUCCCUUGUGCUGUCUCUUGCCUGUCCCACCCACGCCCUGCCCUCCAGCUUGUAUUUAAGUCCCUGGGCUGCCCCAUGGGUGCCCCCCAUUCCAAGGUUCCCCUCUGGUGUUAUGUCAGGCAUUUUGCAAGGAAAAGCCACUUGGGGAAAGACAGAAAAGGACAAAAAUAAAAUCAAUAAAUUUCCACUGGCCCUUGGGUGAGCCGAGGGUUUUUGCAAGGAA